AAAGAGGAGAGUUUGGCUCCAGUGGGGUGCACUGGGACUGUGCCAGGGAGGUAGUGGGGCCAGGAUCUGGGUCAUUGUGUCCUGCCACCUAACACAGUGGUGUGAUGGCACCACAGAGCCACCAUGAGUGGCUCAGCAACAGGGCUCCUUGUUGUGAGUCACCUCAGCACUGUGUGCAGUGCUUCACAGUCCCACACCCGUGGAGAAAAACUCCAAUGAGGGGUGUUCCUGAGCUGCGCUGUGCUGGCACUGGGGUCAGCUGGGAAGCAGCAGCCAUUCCCUUCCCAGACAGCCACGGUUCCCAGGCUGGGUGGUGGCUUCUCUGUCUCUCAUUGCCUGAGACACCUGGAGAGGACACAGCAGCCACAGUGCAGGAUGCAUCACUCCUGCUGAGCAUGGUGUCCAGUGCUCACUGCCCACAAAUGCUCCCACUCGCCUGGGUUUACAGGAGACCCUACAACAACACCCAGAGCACGUGAACCCUGCUUAUUGCCCUGGGACUCCCUGCCGUGCCCAUUUCCCUCCUUAACCCUACAAGUGCUGCAUACCAGCUCUGAGUGUGAAAACAAAGGGAAAGCACAACCUGUGCUGCCAGGGCUCAUCCAGAGGAGCACUGAACUCCUUCUUCAGGCUCCCAGCGGAGGAGAGCACUCACCCACUACCACCCCCACGUCACCCACCCAAUAGGGCUGCAGCUCCCUCACGUGCCUUGUCAAACAUUAACCCCUCUUGGUAAGGCAGGUGGCACAGGCUGGCUGCAGCACACAGGCAGCAUGGCGCUCAGCACCUGCCUCACCUCACCGCUCCGGCCAGCCCUGGCAGCCCUGCGCCGGCGGCUCAGCACUCCCCAGGGGCCACAGCCCAAGCUCGACCUCAGGGGCAUCUUCCCACCCCUCACUACCCCCUUCUCGCCCAUGCAGGAGGUGGACUAUGGCCAGCUGGAGGGGAAUUUGCGCCGCUAUGCCAGCAUCCCCUUCCGAGGGCUGGUGGUGCUGGGCUCCAGCGGGGAGUAUCCCUUCUUGGCACCCCAUGAGCGGCUGGAGCUGGUGAGCCACAUACGCCGCGCUUUGCCCAGAGACCGCCUGCUGCUGGCAGGCUCAGGCUGCCAAUCCACUCAGGCCACCAUCGAGCUGACAGGCAGCAUGGCAGAGGCAGGGGCUGAUGCUGCACUGGUUGUGACACCCUACUACUACCGGGGAGCCAUGAGCAGCGCUGCACUGGUUCGGCACUACACCGAGGUGGCCGAGGCAUCCCCAAUCCCUGUGGUGCUCUACAGCGUGCCUGCCAACACCGGUCUGGAGCUGCCACUGGAGGCUGUGCUCACCCUGGCUCAGCACCCCAACAUCAUCGGCAUCAAGGACAGCGGUGGGGAUAUCACUCGCCUAGGGCUGAUUGUCCACAAGACACAGCAGGAGGAUUUCCAGGUGCUGGCAGGGUCGGCUGGCUUCCUGAUGGCGAGCUAUGCUGUAGGUGCCUCUGGGGGGAUAUGUGCCCUCGCCAACGUCCUGGGGGCCCCCCUGUGCCAGCUGGAGCACCUGUGCCGCCAGGGCUGCUGGCAGGAAGCCCGCAAGCUGCAGCAGCGACUCAUUGAGCCCAACGCAGCGGUCACCCGCCAGUUUGGGAUCCCAGGGCUGAAGAAGGCCAUGGACUUGUUUGGCUACUACGGGGGCCCCUGCCGUGCACCCCUGGCACCGCUAAGCCUGGCCCAAGUGGAGGAGCUGAGAAGCACCUUCAGCACCAAUGGGUGGUUGUGAGCCCCUCACCCAGCCCUGCUGUGCAGGCAGUACCAUCUGCCCCUGCUUCUUCCUGCACCUGGAAGCUGGGGACGACUGGGAGCUGAGGAUGCAUUGGAGACAGGGGUACACGGCCAGGAGAAAACACCCAUCUCACUCCUUCCUGCUGGACAGGGCUUGUGGAGGAAAAACUCAACACCCUGGUGUGUCCCAGAUUGGGCAUGCACUGGCCAGACCUCUGGACAACCUACUCUGGGCUCAGGCAGGAGCCCCCAUCCAUGCAGGUGCCUGCCUGAGGUACUGCAGGGUCCCACCAUCCCUUGAU